AUGUUUGAGCCGGAAUUUAGUGACUGUCAGUCAGAUUAUUCUAAAUCUGACUCGGACAGUGAGGAAUCUUGUGUCGAUACUCAAGAUGACCAUCGUGUUGGAAAUUCGGAUUGUCGAGACAGUGAACGGGACAAUCUGGGAACCUGCCAAGACUGUCUUCUUUACAGUCGAGACAGUGAGCGGGACAAUCUGGGAACCUGCAAGAAGAUUGUCUCCUAUACAGUCGAGACAGCGAACGGGACAAUCUGGGAACCUGCAAGAAACUCAUCCAAGAUUGUCUCCGAUACAGUCGAGACAGUGAACGGGACAAUCUGGGAACCUGCAAGAAACUCAUCCAAGAUUGUCUCCGAUACAGUCGAGACAGUGAACGGGACAAUCUGGGAACCUGCAAGAAACUCAUCCAAGAUUGUCUCCUAUACAGUCGAGACAGUGAACGGGACAAUCUGGGAACCUGCAAGAAACUCAUCCAAGAUUGUCUCCUAUACAGUCGAGACAGUGAACGGGACAAUCUGGGAACCUGCAAGAAACUCAUCCAAGAUUGUCUCCUAUACAGUCGAGACAGUGAACGGGACAAUCUGGGAACCUGCAAGAAACUCAUCCAAGAUUUUCGCCUAUACAGUCGAGACAGUGAACGGGACAAUCUGGGAACCUGCAAGAACCUCAUCCAAGAUUGUCUCCUAUACAAUCGAGACACUGAACGGGACAAUCUGGGAACCUGCAAGAAACUCAUCCAAGAUUGUCGCCUAUACAGUCGAGACAGUGAACGGGACAAUCUGGGAACCUGCAAGAAACUCAUCCGAGAUUGUCUCCUAUACAGUCGAGACAGUUAACGGGGCAAUCUGGGAACCUGCAAGAAACUCAUUCAAGGUUGUCUUCUAUACAGUUGAGACAGUGAACGGGACAAUCUGGGAACCUGCAAGAAACUCGUCCAAGAUUUUCGCCUAUACAGUCGAGACAGUGAACGGGACAAUCUGGGAACCUGCAAGAAACUCAUCCAAGAUUGUCGCCUAUACAGUCGAGACAGUUAACGGGACAAUCUGGGAACCUGCAAGAAACUCAUCCAAGAUUGUCUCCUAUACAGUCGAGACAGUGAACGGGACAAUCUUGGAACCUGCAAGAAACUCAUCCAAGAUUUUCGCCUAUACAGUCGAGACAGUGAACGGGACAAUCUGGGAACCUGCAAGAAACUCAUCCAAGAUUUUCGCCUAUACAGUCGAGACAGUGAACGGGACAAUCUGGGAACCUGCAAGAAACUCAUAUACAGUCUGUUCAUCACAGACAGUUUACUACAUAGCCUAG